GCAAUAUUUUACUCUGCACUUUACUUACUUAUUUUGUAUAAGGGGCUAAUAUCUGCCUGUUUGUUUCAGAUGAAGACGUUCCAAGUAAUUAAAGUUUGCUGACAGCUACUGCACCUCCACUCACCCUUCCAUCCCGCGCAACCAUGAAUUUAAUAAAUAUGGACGCGGAGAACCGCGUCGUCUUAAACGUGGGCGGUAUACGUCACGAGACGUACAAGGCGACGCUGAAGAAGAUACCGGCGACGCGUCUCUCGAGACUCACGGAGGCGUUAGCUAAUUACGAUCCCAUUCUCAACGAAUACUUCUUCGAUCGGCAUCCCGGAGUCUUCGCCCAGGUCCUCAAUUACUAUAGAACGGGAAAGCUUCAUUAUCCAUCCGACGUGUGCGGUCCGUUGUUUGAAGAGGAGCUCGAAUUCUGGGGACUCGAUGCUAAUCAAGUCGAGCCUUGUUGUUGGAUGACAUAUACACAGCACAGAGAUACGCAAGAGACGUUGGCGGUUCUGGAUCGGUUAGAUUUGGACACGGAGAAGCCGAGCGACGAGGAAAUUGCGAGAAAGUUUGGAUUCGAGGAGGAUUAUUAUAAGGGUACCUUAUCGUGGUGGCAACAUACGAAGCCUAAGAUAUGGUCGUUAUUUGAUGAGCCGUAUUCGUCUACGGCUGCAAAGAUUAUCGGAGUGAUGUCGGUGUUUUUCAUCUGCGUAUCGAUCUUAUCCUUCUGUUUGAAAACUCAUCCGGAUAUGAAGGUACCGGUUAUAAAGUCGGUCGUAUUACGCACAGCCGCCAACGGUACAGACUACACCGUCGAUAAAAUAGACACGGACGCUCACGUCGCUUUUUUUUACAUCGAGUGUAUCUGUAACGCGUGGUUCACCUUUGAAAUUCUGGUGCGAUUUGUAGCGUCGCCGAACAAAUGCGAGUUUAUUAACUCGUCGGUGAACAUAAUCGACUACAUUGCGACCGCCAGUUUUUAUAUUGACUUAUUGCUUAGGAAGUUUGCGUCGCACUUAGAAAACGCUGAUAUUAUGGAGUUUUUUUCGAUAAUUCGCAUUAUGAGGUUGUUUAAGUUAACGAGACACUCGUCCGGUUUAAAAAUUUUAAUACAAACGUUUAGGGCGUCUGCAAAGGAACUUACCCUGUUAGUCUUUUUCCUCGUUUUGGGUAUAGUUAUUUUCGCUAGCUUAGUUUAUUACGCGGAGCGCAUACAGGCGAAUCCACAUAAUGAUUUCAAGAGUAUACCUUUGGGCCUUUGGUGGGCUCUGGUCACGAUGACCACUGUGGGUUAUGGAGAUAUGGUUCCGAAGACUUACAUUGGAAUGUUUGUGGGUGCUUUGUGUGCUUUAGCUGGUGUACUGACGAUAGCGUUACCAGUGCCUGUCAUCGUAUCCAAUUUCGCCAUGUACUACAGUCAUACGCAGGCGCGCGCGAAAUUACCCAAGAAACGCCGAAGAGUUCUGCCCGUUGAACCGACGAGGGGUCCACGGUUACCCGGCCAAGGAGCUCUUCCGGGUGGUCUUCCUGGUCCACCGGGUAUGGGACCGCAGCAUCGAAGAAUGAACGCAGUCAAAACGAAUCAUCCCAAGGAUAUGCUAGGAAUCGGCCCUAAGACAGUUAAUAUAUGCGCAGGGGCACUAGGAGUUACGGCAAGUCUAAAUCCGAACGGAGUGGGCCUGGACACCAAUCCGGCGUUGGCGAUGGGAAAGCCGAAAUUGGAAUUUUCACCGUCGCAAGUAAACCUGGCCCAAGACUCCGGCCAGUGUUACACGACGCUGAAAUCGCCGAUUGCCGCCGCGACGAAUUGAUAGCUCUACGUUUCAGUUCUAGGAAUUUAAAUGGAAGCAUGGUAUUAGUAAUUAGGGGGUGUUAUAUACCUUAUGGCCUUUCGUAGGGGAAGUGAUCACGUACUGUUAUAAUAAAUUUAACUUUAAGUGAAACCAGCAUUUUUAUUACUAUUAUUAAUUUGUAAAUAAUGCGAUUUGUUAAACUAGGUCUUUCGAAUGUAUCUAUUGGAAUUAUUCUGUGAACAUAUCUAUCCAUUUUUUGAGCUAAAGUGUAAUCUGUGUACGUUGUUAGUGUUAAAUGUCUUUUUGUUUGUACCAUGCGUUAUUAUUGUGAUAUAUUUAAUCGGUGAUAAUCACAUUAGUCUUAAGCGCACUGUUUUAUGUGAAUGUAUCUGUGAAAGCAUUUUGGUGCUUUGACAAAUACACGAUUGCUUUGUAACGCUGUGCCAUAGUGCUGCGUUCGUACAGAAAGGUAGCACUUAUGGCUAGUUCACUCCAAACGCCUAACAUGUACCUUACUUAAUAAUCAUAGAAUUGCAUCGCUCUAGCUAUCAGCUUAAUAUUGUGCGUUGUCAAAUCCGACCAUUUCCUCAACAUAUCUGUACAUACACGUCUUCAUAUACGUUCACUUAAAGUAAACAGAUUGGUUGAUAAAGGUGGGCCACUAUUGCUAAGGAAACCAUUUUGUAUAUUUGCGUACCUACCGUCGUUCGUUUCUAUUUUUAUGUAAUCGCGUUCGCAUUUUUGCAACUCUGAUCCGGAGCAUACCAGCGGCAGCAUGAUUAAUUUAGGGGAUGAUGUGCUACCUACUUAAUUACCACUGCCAAGAUCAUCGUGUUUCAAAAUUACAUAUCAGUAUCUCACCUGGCUUUCCAUUUCCACUCAUUUUGCCUAUGCUUCCAUUACCUUUUUGAAAUAUGCGUGUGACCUUCGCAGUAGUUUCGAAGCAUAUCGAUAAGUGUUGUGACAUACGUUAAAAAUUAUUUUUCAAAAAAGAUGUGAGCGGCAAGGAGUUUGGAUGUUACCAUGUCAGGGACCAAGAAACGGCGUUUGCCAUUUCUUUACGUGUUAAGCAGCCCUGAUGCUGUACAUUUUGUCCAAUUGUAUAACUAAACAGAUUCAGUUCUUUAAGAAAUGAUAAUUUCCACAUUUGGACCAAGUGUUAUAUGAAAGCAAAGUUUGUGAUAUAUAAACUAGUGGAUUAUUACAUUCGCAUGUAAUACAAUGUAUAUUGCCUCAAACUGUACAGUUUUUCGCAUGUUAAACUUUUAUAUCAGUAACCUAUCCCUUUAAUUCCUCCGUACCAAUCGGGAACGGGGUUUCGCAAGGUUUCACCCUUGGGCCACUUCUGUUGUGUUCUCUUAUUACUUAAAUUACGACUUUGAUCUGUUGUGCAUUAACAAUAUUAUCUUAAAUAAAUUACAAGGUUCUCAUCAUUUGCUAUAUGUACAUAAUAAAGUGAAGCUGUAGACAGCGUUUGUAUAUUGUAAAUAUGUUUAUAAUACAAAUUUUACGCAAUUUGUAAAUAAGAUUGUUAUCAUUCAUUGAAUUGAGUCAAAUACACUUGAUGCAAGCAUUGUCGUUAACCACUUUCAUAAUAGCAUUUUAUCAAGUAACUUUUUCGCUCUUAGCUCACAAUACUAUAUUAAUUCUAAUUUAGUUUAAGA